AUGCCGCUGGUUAAAAGAUGCAUCGAGCCCAGGCACCUGUGUCGUGGAGCCGUGCCGGACGGGGUCACCAGCGAGCUGGAGUGUGUCACUAACAGCACCCUGGCAGCCAUCAUCAAACAGCUGGGGGGCCUGAGUCGACAUGCAGAGGACAUUUUUGGAGAGCUGUUCAAUGAGGCCAACAGCUUCUACAUGAGAAUGAACAGCCUCCAAGAGAGAGUGGACCUGCUGGCGGUCAAAGUCACCCAGCUGGACUCCACUGUGGAGGAGGUUUCGCUGCAGGACAUCAACAUGAGGAAGGCCUUCAAGAGCUCCACCAUCCAAGACCAGCAGGUGGUGUCCAGGAACUCCAUCCUCAACCCUGUCAUGGAGAUGUACCAUCGCUGUGACAAACCUCCACCCCUCAACAUCCUUAGCCCCUACAGGGAUGACAACAAGGAUGGUCUGAAGUUCUACACAGACCCGUCCUACUUCUUUAAUCUGUGGAAGGAGAAGAUGAUCCAAGCAACAGAAAACAAGCGGAAGGAGAAGAGGCGGCAGAAGGAGCAGAAACAGGUGGAGGACCCCAGCCGGGAGGUGAAGAAGGUGAGGAAGGCCCGUAACCGUCGUCAGGAGUGGAACAUGAUGGCAUACGACAAGGAGUUCCGCCCAGAAAACCGCCUCACGCCUUCACCCUACCAUGGCAUGUCCUCUGAGGGAUCUCUCUCUCCAGACAGGUCUGGUAUGUCUGAUGAGCUGUCCUACCCUGCCAGCCCUAACCACCCACCCCAAGAGGGAGCUGUCUUGGGUCCUGAUGGGAAGGAGCACCUCACAGGCCCCAACCAGACCCAGUCUCUGGACCGGGCCUACCGACCCCCUACUGCCGGCACCGCUGCAGCCCAAGCCCGCCAGCACUCCCUGGGCCGCGUGCAGCCCAACCAAGGACCCACACCCACAGAUCCCUCCCUAAACGGACCCCGGCCUGCAGCUGCCAAAGAGGCUAGCGGUCACCAGAUGCCAGAGCACUUUAUCCCUCCGGCCCCACCCCCACCUCCUCCCCUCAUCCCCUCAGCCCAGACGGCCUUCGACAGCACAGCAGGGCCUCCCACCCUGGCCCCUGCAGGUCUCCCCACCCUGGCCCCUGGCACCAUGGCCGCCCUGUCCCGCCCAUACAGCCCCUCACCCCCUCCACCCCCACCCGGCAGCUACUUCCCCUCUCCAUCCCACCCUGUCACUGGGGGACCCCCUGUUGCCCCUCCUCCACCCCCACCUGGUGGCCCCCCAACAUUCGCUCCCUCCCCAGCCCAUGCCAUGCACCCCUCUGGGAGCACACUGCCAAGGAAGGGCAAGGUGCUAGGCAUCCCGAUAAGCGACGCACGCAGCGACCUGCUGUCAGCCAUCCGCAGAGGCAUCCAGCUGAGGAAGGUGCAGGAGCAGCGUGAGCAGGAAGCAAAGAAGGAGCCAGUAGGGAAUGACGUGGCCACCAUCCUGUCCCGACGCAUCGCGGUGGAGUACAGCGAAUCAGAUGAGGACUCGGAGCCUGAGGAGAAUGAGUGGUCAGACUGA